CUCCGAGAGCUCGGGCCCUUCCGGAAAGGCCCGAACGGCGUUCGGAGGAGGAGGGCGCCGAAGUCGAAGGCGCCCCCGCGCUGUGCCCUCUGUCGGCGGCGUGGGGCAGCUGUAGCAGCGGUGGCGGCAGCCGCGUCGACGUCGACCAAGACUGGAGCGACGUUUGAAGAAGCAGCUGAAUCGCCACGGAGUCCGGCUUCUGGUGGUUGGAGGGGGUCCCACCCGUCCGCGCGGCCCGACGAGGAGAAGCGGCGGCGCCGGGAAGCAGUAGCAUCUGUGCCUUCACUUGGAACUCUUUAUACCCGUCACCCCUGGAGAUUAUAAGAGUAGAGAGGUGAAAUAACUUCUAUGUGAUCACGACGAAGACUUUUCGUAAAGUUUUAAGACCGUUAAAAGUGAACCUUUAACUCUUCUUGAGGACAAAACCCAAAAAUGGAACCAAGAAAAUUCAUUCUAAUCUUAAGAGAUUCUCAGUGGUGAUGCAUGGAUCUGAGAUUCAGAGGAAGAGAUGUUACUGUUCAGAUCUGCAGAUCAGCAUGGAGAGUAGAAAACUGAUUUCGGCUACAGACAUUCAAUACUCUGGCAGUCUGCUGAACUCCCUGAAUGAGCAGCGUGGCCGUGGACUCUUCUGUGAUGUUACCGUCAUUGUGGAAGACCGAAAAUUCCGGGCUCACAGGAAUAUUCUCUCAGCUUCUAGUACUUACUUCCAUCAGCUCUUCUCGGUGGCUGGGCAAGUUGUUGAACUGAGCUUUAUAAGAGCAGAGAUCUUUGCAGAAAUUCUCAAUUAUAUCUAUAGUUCUAAAAUUGUUCGUGUUAGAUCAGAUUUACUUGAUGAGUUGAUUAAAUCAGGGCAGUUGUUAGGGGUUAAAUUUAUAGCCGAGCUUGGUGUCCCAUUAUCACAGGUUAAAAGCAUCUCAGGUACGGCUCAGGAUGGUAACGCAGAGACCUUACCUCCUGGUUCUAGUGACAAGAACCUUGAAGUACCAAAAUCAAAAGAUGAAGCCCAAGAUAACGGGGCCACUAUAAUGCCUAUUAUAACAGAGUCUUUUUCCUUGUCUGCUGAAGAUUAUGAGACAAAAAAGAUUAUUGUUACCGAUUCAGAUGAUGAUGAUGAUGAUGUCAUUUUCUGCUCUGAGAUUCUGCCUGCAAAGGAGACUUUGCCAAGUGCCAAUGCAGUGACACAGGUCCAGCCUAACCCAGGUUCCAUUGCUAUUUCAGAUGUCGCACCUGGUGCUAGUACUAACUCUCCCCCUUUACCAAAUAUCACACCUGCUCAGAAACUUCCUACUGCUGUGAAUCAGGCAACUCUGAGCCAGACACAAGGAAGUGAAAAACUGCUGGUAUCUUCAGCCCCGACACAUCUGACUCCCAACAUUAUUCUGUUAAAUCAGACACCACUUACUACACCACCAAAUGUCAGUUCUUCACUUCCAAAUCACAUGUCUCCUUCAAUCAAUUUACUUGUGCAGAAUCCGCAGACACCAAACAGUACUAUUUUAACAGGAAGCAAGGCCAAUGAAGAGGAGGAGGAGGAAAUUCUAGAUGAUGAUGAUGACACUAUUAGCUCCAGCCCAGAUUCGGCCGUCAGUAACACAUCUUUGGUCCCACAGGCUGAGAUACCCCAAAAUGCCACUUUUGAUGGAUCAUUGAUACAGAAGAUGCAGAUUCCUACACUUCUGCAAGAGCCACUGUCUAAUUCUUUAAAGAUUUCAGACAUAAUUACUAGAAACACUAAUGAUGCAGGUUUAGGAUCAAAGCAUCUAAUGGAGGGUCAGAAGAUCAUUACUUUAGAUACAGCUACUGAGAUUGAAGGCUUGUCAACGGGUUGCAAGGUUUAUGCAAAUAUUGGUGAAGAUACUUAUGACAUAGUGAUCCCAGUCAAAGAUGACCCCGAUGAAGGGGAGGCCAGACUUGAGAAUGAGAUACCAAAAACCUCUAGCAGUGAGACGGCAAACAAGCGUAUGAAAGUAAAACACGAUGAUCACUAUGAGCUGAUAGUAGAUGGGAGGGUCUAUUAUAUCUGUAUCGUGUGCAAGAGGUCCUAUGUCUGUCUGACAAGCUUGCGGAGACAUUUUAACAUUCAUUCUUGGGAGAAGAAGUAUCCCUGCCGUUACUGUGAGAAGGUAUUUCCUCUGGCAGAAUAUCGCACAAAACAUGAAAUCCAUCACACGGGAGAGCGAAGGUAUCAGUGUUUGGCCUGUGGCAAGUCUUUCAUCAACUAUCAGUUUAUGUCUUCGCACAUAAAGUCAGUUCAUAGUCAGGACCCUUCUGGGGACGCAAAGCUUUAUCGGUUACAUCCCUGCAGGUCCUUGCAGAUCAGACAGUAUGCGUACCUUUCUGAUAGGUCAGGCGCCAUGCCUGUGAUGAAGGAUGAUGCUAUUGGGUAUAAGGUUGAUGAUGGGAAAGAACCUGCUGUAGGGGCCACGUCUACUCCUCAGAACAAGCCAAUGACCUGGGAAGAUAUUUUUAUUCAGCAGGAAAAUGAUUCCAUUUUUAAACAGAACGUAACAGAUGGCAGCACUGAGUUUGAAUUUAUAAUACCUGAAUCUUACUGAACUUGGGAAUGUCAGAAACUCUGGUUUGCAUUAAGGGGCAAGGGUUUCGGAAAACCUGUGACACAAAUUAAGGUGAAAACGAGUUAAUUCGCUCUGCCACACCAUCUGAAGGCAGUCUACUUGGAUUAUUUGUUGAUAAAUUUUAGAAGCAAAUCGUUCCAAAAGUUUGAGUAGAGAUUGAGAAGUUCCUCCCCCCACCCCCGUAUCUGUUUAUAUAGUUCACUUUUCAGCUUAUUUUAAAGCAAACAGCAAAGGCUUGGAGAGAUAGUUUCCUGAAUAGAAGUUUGAAGCAGUCUGAAUGUUCUUUGAAAAUAACUGGAGUUAUUAGCUUACCCUAGUAUACCUUCCAACUUUCCCCUUCCAUGUUAGCACUUUAACUGCUGAAUUUUCAAUUUUGUUAAUAUUGAGACUAUAAAUGCGUGUUGUGUUUUGGAUAUGGCAUAAGAAGUAAACAAGAACUUCUAAGUUGUUCUGGCAAAUUUCAGAGUAAGUCUCUGCUUGGUUGUGUGUUUUGCUAGUCCAAAUGGAUAGCAACCUCCUGCCUCCCUCCCGCCAUGAAAAUGGCCAUGCAGACAAGCGUCUCCUCUGAAUAAAGAGUUUUAGUUCAUUAGAGUUAAGUUGUAAGUUUCGCUUUUCUUGCCAUUGUCUGGAAAGGACUUUGGUGGCUGGACUACUGUGUAUAUACCCUUGCAGUGUGGUCUCUGUGGGCGGACGUGUUCAUGGAAAACAAAUCCCUGUAUUGCAGACCAGAGGAGAGGAAAAGUUCUUUUGGUUUGUUCUGAAUUCUGUGUUCUUACAUGAUAGAGAGUGGAAGUGAAUGGCGAUGUCCUUUUUGUUCCUUUGGUUAAAAGAUACUCCCUUGAGAAAUCUCAAAGUUUGAAUCUGAAAGCCACCAAAUAAAUCUUUCAUUAUGUGUAAAUCUUUAUAAAUGAUAGAUUCCAUAAAUGAGACUCCUACAUAUUUUAGGCGGGAGGCUACUGGUAUAUAUUUUUAAAUGUCCAUAUUACUUAGAAUUUAUAAUAGGAAGUUUUCGUUUGAAAUAGUUGAAUCCGUGAUCUAGUAUUUUCCUUUCGGCAAGACCUUUUAGGUUGUUAUCCCUUCUAAAGUUGAGUUCCAUUCCAUCUGCAAAGUGCUGCAAUGUUAUAGCAAUCAGAAAAUAUAUAUGGAAUGUUCUGGAGGCUUGUUGAUUCCCAUUUCUCUUGAGAAUAAGUAUACCUUUCUUCCUUUUAAAAUGAUACCUAUUUAAACACUUAGAAAAUAAAGUCAAAACUCACUGAAGUGCUAGUACUAAAAGGAAGCAGGUUGGAACAAAUGUAUAGCCUAGCCUUUGUAACAGGAUUAACUUGUUGAACUUCUGUAAAUUACUUUUUGCAAGGGAAAAAAGAUUAAUAGAUACUAAAAAAGAUUGUUGUGCAUAGUUGUUAGUCAUUUGUAACCUUGCUUAAAUAUUUCCUAAUUCAGCAUAGAUAUUUUCUUCUCUUUAACCGCGUAUUUUUAAAAAUAGUCUAUUUCUUGACUCGGAACUUAAAGCUUUAAUCAUAAUUUCUCACGUAUACAUCAUUCUUCUGACAGCAAGCUAGAUUUGAAGAUCAUGGUUUCAGUGAUUCGAUUUGUAGUGGAGGGUAUCAGGCCUCCGUAUUUGCAAUAACACAAGAAGAAAGAAACAUAUUAUCCUGGUUUGCUUACUGAGGGCUAGAGUGAGGUGCAUCUGACUGUUUCCUGUUCUGUGAGUCUAGACCUUCAAACCAUUUUGUAAACUAAUCCUUGGAAGAUUUUAAGUUACCUUACAAUUUAAGACUCUGUGAUCUCCGGAAUCACAAUAUCUGUUUCAUUUAUGUGUGGAUAUUGACAACAUUACUCUUGGACCAUACGGUGCACUCAAGUAUUUUCAGUGGAAAUAUGUUUCAGUUUCAUUAAUGUUGUUUUUACCAGUUAGACGUAAUUACUUCAACAAAGUGUGAAUGAUAUCGAUGCCAGCAGAACUUCCAGACCUUUCAGACUUAACUGCUAAGAAAAUUAGUUGAUCAUGAUAAAACUUGAGGGUUUUUACAAGGCUGUUGUGACAAACCAGUUCUGUGAUGGAAAGCUAUCCAUUUUGAGUAAUACGGAUCUAACUAUUUGCUGCUGCUGUGCUCUAUGUUAAUUCUGAGUAUAAAACUCUGUGCCUAAUGAAGGUGUCUUCUAGAGUUUUUUGGGGAGAAGGAAAACUGGAAAAUUAACUUGUAUUUUUGCCAGAAGAUUCUUCCUCGCGAUGUAUGUCAGGGUCUUCAAGAAGUUUCUAUAUCCAAAGUUCAGGAUGCGUGUGGAAUACUCCUUUGGGGCUGAAACCAUUCACCCCUGGGAUUCAUUGGGUUGGAAAUCUGUAGCAAGAUUCUGUUGAAAACUUAACGUGGUGUUUUCCUAUUUUAUAUUUAGUUUUCUGGCUAUUAAAUUCCUCCUUUUUUUCUUUUAAGUUGGCUUCAAGCUUGCUCCUGGGCUAAAUUACCUGUGAAUGUUCUGGAUAGAAGCUGUUUGAAAUAGCAGUUUGUUAAAAGAGAUGAUAGAAAAUGAAAUGCUCAAACUAAGCAAAGAUUUUUAAAUGCCAUAAGAAUCUUGCAGGAUUUACUUUAAAAUGUAUUUGAAAUGAUCAUUAUCAUUUCAGUGGUAAUGAUCCCCCCCCCCACCCAUACAGCUACUGUGAGGAAUUGAUGUUGUGUUUUUUCCAUUGUACCGAAAAGAUAAAUGGUUAAAAACGGUCAAGGUAUUUUGUAUCGUCAAGGCAUGCAUAUUCUAAAGGAUUAAAUGUUCAUUCAACAGCACUGGCUUCCUCACCUGUCAAUCCUAUGAAUCCACCCCAUACUGUAAUGUUCAUACCUGUACAAUCUUAAUCUUCCCUGUCCUAUGACUUUAAGUUCUCUUCAUUAACCAUGACCUGGUAUUAGUUCAUAGAGCUUCUUAUGGCAAAAAUAAAAUGCUAUAAUUCUGA